UUCAUGUUCUUGGCUCGGCAGCAGGGGGCGCUCACUGUGUUCAGAAACACUGAACUGUCCCUUUAGCGCCUGCAGUUUCCUCCGCGGCCAGCGGGAGGCAGUAAAGCACAGCUGACAGCAACAGGCUGCCACUGUCAUCUGUCAAACUUUCUCUUUGAAAUGAUCCCCGUGCACGUGCGCAAACACACACGCACACGCGCGCCUCCCUCCUCCUCGUGCUCUUGUAUUUCCGUGCAGAGGAGCAGGAGGAGCGCGCGCCACAGUCUGACCCAGAGCCUGCAGCCUCCUCUGGACUUUUAUCCCGGGACAGAAGCAGUGACAUGAGCCGGGCCACGUGCGCAGGGAGGACCUGCUGAAGAGGAGGAGGAGGAGGAUGAAGCGGAUCCACAUCCGAACCGAGCCCGUCUAAGAUGCUCACGGGACCAGCAGCUCGGCACGCGGCUCGGAUCCAGAGUAGCCCGGGAUAAAAGAGUGAAACCACAAAGAGACCAACCGGGACCAACCGGGUCAGAGGAGCCGAGACCCCAGAGCACCAGGAGGAAGACAGGUCCACAGCGAUGCUGCGGCUGCUGCUCCUCGUCGCGCUGCUCGUCCUGACGCUCGCGGCGGGACGCGGUGCGACGGCGGCACUGCUGCGAGGCCUCGGCGCGACGGAGCUGUCGGCAAGGACAGAGGCGGGUGGACUGAACCGAGCCAAGACCGGAGUGGAGAGAAUGAGCCGGUCUCACCACGGGACGGAAGCUCAGGCCAAAGAUCCACGCUACAAAGACAAGAUCAUCAGACAACUGACAGGUCCUUUAUCCUUCAACCCUAAGUGCAGGAAACAGUUCAACAGACUGUACCACAACACCAGAGACUGCACUGUACCUGCCUAUUAUAGACGAUGUGCUCGUCUGCUGAUGCAGCUCGCUAACAGCCCGCGCUGCACUGAGAGAUAGACGUCUCUGGACGCGCAGCCUUGCCGUGACGGUGAGGAGGGAGGAGCAUCCGUGAUGUGAUGUCAUCAGCAGUGGCAGCCAAUGAGCUGAGAGAUCACAGCGUCUCCUCGUCUCCUCGUCUCCUAUCGGCUAAAACCAUAAAAACUCUUUCACUUAUCAGAUUACAGGUAAUCAGAUUACAGGUAAUCGGAUUACAUUCACUGACACAAGAUCUGAGAAUGUGGAAUAAAUGGCGCCUCCUGCGGGACAACAGUGGGUCUGUCUCUGGAGGAUGGAGGACAAACAAUGUCCCGCUCAGUGUGUGAGGACCUGAUUGAAGACACCCACUGUUAUUUUGUUACAUCAUCAUAAUAAUAACAAUAAUAAUAAUAAUCUGUGUACAACGUGAAAGAAGAAUAAAGACACUUUUGAUAUUUA